AUGGCCCAAGCUACCCAGCCUCUGCUCUACAUCUGUAGAAGCUGUCGACAGAGUUUACAGAAUGGAUCAUUAUUUUCUCGCUCAUUCAGCACAACUCGAGUGCAGCAGAAAGUUAUACCCUCGUUUCAACCUACCGGCCACGGCGAACUCGAUCAGCUGCUCCUGUCAUUCCGCGAGAAAGUCUUCACUCCCGCGGCACUAGAGCCUCAGCACCGCAAACUACUAUAUAAGCCUUCGAAACAUGAGGCCCUCGUGGCAGAGCCUGGUGUUACGGUCACAAUGUCCGACGGCGAAGAAAUUAGACUGCGGCCAAUGGAUCCUUUUGACAGACCCUCCGUCAAACAAUCUGUCCGGACAAUUGCAAAAGUAUUCAGUGAAGAGAAGGCCGACGUUGUAUGGAAUAAUUUGGCUCCAUGGCUGAACGGCAUGAGGAUGUCCAGAAUGCCGCUACCAGGCUUUUUUUGGGCGAAAAUCACUCGCAAGGCGUGUGAGAUUGGCAAAGAACGAUUCAUUCUCUCAUGCAUCGACAGAUCCGAAGACACCAAUUUCACCUUGAGGAAACAAGGCGUGACCUACGAGCUGAUGCUGGGCUUCCACAAGCGUGCUGCGGACCAUGGGUUUGCGGGACCAGAACUCGCGAGCGCCUGGAAUAGAGCUCAAAAAGUCGUCCGAAUGCUGGAUGACGAGCUCUCCGGAGGUUACAAACUAAAGCCAGACGAGGUCGAUCCAAGAAAAGAUCCUUUGGUUCUGAGUGUCUUGACAGAAUUGGCAGCCGCGACAGCCCUGGAGUCUGGUGGCGAUCCUGCCACGGUCGUAGAUUAUGCACGCAAGAUGCUUUUCCUCGCACAGCAGGAAAAGCCCUCCAUUCCGGGCCUGGAGCAGCACCGAGAAGACGUCAGAGCAAGAGCCGAGAGCAAUCAUAUCCUCGAAAAUCUCUUGCCAUUGCAGAACGCAAUCUCCCUAGCUUUGCAGAUUGAUGCGAUCAAAGCAUCUGAACUGGGACAGCAAUUGGAAUCACAUCUCCGCGUGGUGGAGCCGAAAGUCAAAGAGACUGUGCAGAAGCUGCGUGAAGUCUCCGAUGGACAGAAAAGGCGUGGGGAGUUGAUGUAUGAACAGCUUGCUGGACAAGAAGGAGGUGAGGCCUCAGAGGAAAGCUGA